CUUUACCAGUUUACCAUUUACCAUUUGGCACUUCCCAGUGAUACCGUUACCUUACCACAUGACACAUCUGACACAAUGACCACACGUGUGACCACUGUGACCACACCACAUGUUCCUUUCUGUCGUUAGUGACAGGGUUGUUGGCGUUGGCAUUUUUGAAUAUAAUUUUGCAGAUGCUGAAAAAUUUUAUUGAUAAGUAAUAACUAUUCUAACCUCAACUUAAAUAACGACGCAAAUUUCGUCAUAAAGUAAUAUGGUUGCAUUUUGCCCGUUCUGCUCUAAUUUAUUAUUUGUUGAAGAAAAUACAAUUGGUAGACUACAGUUCACUUGCAAUGUGUGCCCAGUUUUCUUUCCAGUGAAAAGACUGAUUACUUACAGGAAUUAUUAUAAACUGAAGGAAAUUGAUGAUGUAUUAGGUGGAGAAGAGGCCUGGAAAAACGUUGAUUCUACAGAAGCUCGUUGUCCUAAGUGUAGCCACGAUAAAGCAUACUUCAUGCAAAUACAAACAAGAUCUGCAGAUGAACCUAUGACUACUUUUUACCGUUGCUGUAACCCAGAAUGCAACCAUAAUUGGCGUGACUAGCAUUUUUAGAUGUUCUUCAUUAAGACUGUCCUAUCAUUAUUCACACAUAAAUUUUCAAUGAUAGCAAAUACUGCUGUUCUUUCUAUGGCUGCUCACAUCUCUAUAAAAAAUGCAACUGCUGAAAAGUUAGCUAUUGAGUUUCUCAAGAGAGGUUCUGUUAUUGCUGUACCAACUGAUACUGUAUAUGGUCUGGCAUGUGAUGCCACAAAUGUAUCAGCCAUUGGUAAACUAUAUAGUAUCAAGUGUCGAAAUGAAAACAAACCACUAGCAAUUUGUUUGAGCAAAGUUAGUGACAUCAAAGCUUGGGCAAAUGUGCAUCAUCUUCCUCAAAACAUACUGACAGCUCUAUUGCCAGGACCAGUCACAAUAAUUCUUCAAUCAACCAAUAAUUGUUUGGACAAAUCAUUAGUUUCCAAAGGAAAAGUUGGAAUUAGGAUUCCUCAUCACAACUUCAUAAGGAAUUUGGCCUGUGGACUUGGACAGCCAUUAACUCUCACUAGUGCUAAUUUGAGUAAUGAACCUAGUGCAGUGGAAGUUUCAGAGUUCUGUUCAAUUUGGGAAAAACUGCCUGCUAUUUUUGAUGGAGGGAAACUGAAAUCAAGUAAUAGUGCAUCUACUGUUGUGGACUUAUCUGAAACUGGGACAUUUCAUGUGGUCAGGGAAGGAGUAGCUUGUAAAGACACUAUUGAUAUCCUCAAACAUUUUGGUCUCAAAGAUAAAUAUUGUGAUAUAUGAACAUGAAUAAGUUUUUGAAAAGUGUGCGCUCAGUGGCUAGUAACAAAGAUGACAUUAUUAAACAGGCCUUAACAUCCCAGCUAUCUAACAGUGUGAAAGAAAUUCAGUAUGCUGGUAUUGAUGACAACAGACCUUCCAAUACUAAUGAUAUUGUAGAAGCCUCUAAUACAUUGUGCAAUGUGUUGGAAGCAAUAUUCCUGCAUGGUCUCAGAGACACAUUGACCCAUAGAUUCAAGAGAGCUCUUGCUGAUCUUGAUGAGCAGCCAGAACCAAGUUUUUGGCCCCCAUUGCUGGUUAUAUCACAUCGUCAAAUAAUUGACCAAAUAACAGAUUUAUCCCAAAUAACAAGUGAAGUGGGACAAUGCAGAGCUUGGAUUCGUCUAGCACUCAACGACUGCCUCCUAUCUUCUUACCUCAUGACCAUGAGACUCGACUCUUCAGCCUUGAAAUCUUACUACAAAGUGGACGCUUAUAUAAGAGACAGUGAACUAUUAGAUGUAGCUCAGCGUUUGAUAGAAGGUGUAGAAGCAUUCAAAACAUUCACUCUCCCAUUCAAUUCUAGUUUGCUCAACUCUUGGCCUUUGCCAAGUUUGAUUCUCGCUGGAAUUUGGUCCCCCACUCUGAAAACAGCCCCUGUAGCUCCCUGUGAUGAUGUAGCUUUAGGUAUUACUGAAGCAACAAUAGUGCAGAACAUUAUCGAAGGUAGUUCAGAGACUGCAUCUCUCAGUUCUGCUAUGUCAAUAACUUCUCAAGGGUCGGGAUUGCGACAAUUCGUAACUCUAACAGAAGAUGAAGUUUUAAAGAUAAUUUUAGACAAAGACAAACAGAAAGUCACUGAUAACAAAUUGAACAUUGUGGAUGAUUACAAGCCUUCCAUAAGUUCUGAUCAAGAAAGAAGCUCUGACUCUGACAAUGCCGGUUUCAAUAUAGGUAAUUCUUUGAACAAAAGAUCGGGUUGGUCAUUUGAUGAAACUGAAGUAGCUGAUGAGAAGGAGAAGAAAGAAACCAAUAGGGCAGAGAAAAUAGAGGUGGUAGGAGAGUCUAAAUCUAUGGAGGCCAGCUAUAAUGCCUUGAUCGAAAGUUAUAAUAUGCUUAGCGGGGGUUUUAUUAGGACACCCGAUAUCAGGGAGGUCUGGCAAAAAUUUGAAGAUGAGAGGAAUUAUGUUUCUGCAAAUUCAAGCACAGUUGGACAAAGCGAAACACAUACAAUUAUCUCAAGUGUGCAUUUAGCUAAAUCGGAAACAACUGCCUUAGCUGUUCAAAUUGGAAGGAUCGCUAGAGAAAAGGGCCUGGAUAAUCAAAACUAUGAAUGUGCGGACUGCAAGUGUAUUUUAGCAAUCACUAAUAAAUCAACGGUAUGUGCUUUCACUGGUGAAUAUUUUUGUGAUAACUGUAUGAGCAGUGAAUCAGUUCAAAUUCCUGCUAGGAUUGUACAUAACUGGGACUUCAAGACAUAUCCGAUAUCUCGAAAGGGAAAGAAAUAUAUAGAGGAAGUUAAGGAUCAUCCAAUACUUGAUUUUAAGGUUCUUAACCCAUUCAUAUACAGUGUGGUUGGAGAAAUGGCACACUUGCAGAUAUUGAGAAAUCAGCUGAAUUUUUUAAGAGCAUAUCUGUUCACUUGUCGUGAACCUGUCAUAGAAGAACUACAAAAGCAGAUGUGGCCUAGGGAAUAUAUGUAUGAGCAUAUACAUCAAUAUUCUAUAUUGGAUCUAUCUGACAUUAGGAAUGGUUUUCUAGCUCAACAACUGCAAAAAGUUGUUGAUUUUGGGAAAGAGCAUGUUCAUAGUUGUUGGCUUUGUAACCAAAAGGGAUUCUUUUGUGAAGUGUGCAACAAACCAAAGGCCUUAUUUCCAUUUGAUAUUGAUGACAUAUACCGUUGUGAUAUUUGCAAUGCUGUGUAUCAUAAAACUUGCUUAAAUUCAUCAAGACCUUGUCCAAAAUGCGAUAGAUUAAAAAAGAGAGAGGAGCAGCCUCUGCUAGGAAUUGUUACAGAUGAUUAGUUCUUUUUUUAAUACCUAAUUCAUAAUAAUUUGUUGGUUAUGAAUAGUUUGAUAUAUUGAAUUACAUAAAAAUUUUGUUGAACAUUUGAUGUGCUUUCCAGAUAAAUAUUAAUGAAUAUUC